AUGCCUGCUGCUUCCAUCCGCGCCCCGGCCACCUCGCUCAACCGCCCUGACACGGUCAUCAACAACAACAUGAACGCAACGCAAGGUGUCAAGGCCCGUAAACCCGACUACGACAUCUUCUCCAAGGAGGCCUAUGAGCCGAAAUCUGCUCGCAUGUCCAAGGAAGCCUUCCACGCCCAAGAGAUCGCCGCCAAGGUCGAAGCCAACGAGGCUCAUGGGGUCAAGAAGCCUGCGCCCGGCGUCCUUGCGCUCAAGAUUCAGGAGGGCAAGAAGUCCACCCGCCGCCCGCCAAAGACCUCGCCGUCUCUCAAGCCCGCCCCUAUUCCGCCGACUCCGACCAAGUCCUUCGCUAGUGCGGUGGCCGCCAACAAAAUUCCUCGCCCUGUUCCGGCUCAGAACACUACUCAUGGACCUCCCGUGCCUGCUGCGAUAAAGAUGGCGCCCUCGGUACCAUAUCGCUCCACUGCGUCAGCGUGGAAUGGUAACAAGGCUCAGCCCGCAGCUCCGUCUUACUCAAGGCCGGCUCUUGGUGCCAAUCCUUCGCCAACCCCCACACCUGUCAAGAUCUCUGUUGUGCGACCUGUUCCUACUCAGAAGAAGAAGGACAAUGGGUGGAAGACUGUGCCGGAGCGCAAGGGAAAGAACACCGUCGACAAGCCGGCAGCGAAGGCUGGAGUCGAGAAUCAGUUCGCGGUUCUAGAUACGCAGAAACCGACUGAGAAGGCUUCCCAGCCAGCGGGUCUCAAGAAGAAUAACAAGGCUGCGGAAUCCACCAAGAUGCCCGAGCGCAAGAUGACGAAGACCGAGAAGCAGAAGAACUCAAGUGCUUCUCCGCCUAGCAAGUCGACGAACAAGCUGGGUGCAAGCUCUGAAAAGGACACAAAGUUAUCUCCGCGCUCCACGUCGAGCUCUUCUGCGCCUGGCUCUCCGCUUGGCUCUGGAUCUGUGCGGGAGGCGACCACUGGUGACAACACGGUGGCGGCUUCGAAGUCUACGUCCACAACGCUCGCCUCGACUGCGCAGACGCCCGUCGCGCCUCUAACUGAUCAGCCAAAAAAGCACAAGCGCAAGUCUGGCGCCCAGCGGAAGAAGGCAAAGAAGGCGCAGGGCAAGGCAGCUGCCCUUGUUGCUGCUGCUGCCGCGCCGGCUCCUUCUCAGUCCGACACGACCGCUUCUAUCUCGCCGCUACAGCCUAGCAAGACCCGCACCGAAGAGAUCCAGGAGGCUACGAAGUUCAAGGCCAAGGAAUCCAUCGGUACGCGCAAGGUGACGAUUACCCACAGGCGGGCGCAAGCUAAGCAAGUCUCGGCUGGAGAGCGCCCGACUGCUGAAUCCACGCAGCACAAAGGCUAUAAGCUGAGCCAGGAAGAGAUCAGCGAGAACAUUCUGACGUUGUACCCUCAGCCUGACUGCGACAAAGAGAAGUUCAUCUUCAAGGCCCCGGCUAUUCGGGCACCGGCCGCGUCGUUCGGGGCUAAGGACGAUGCCGCACCAGCAGCAUCCUCUCCAAAGACGCCUAACGAGAAGCCGAUUUCUCGGCGAGAGGUGGAUGCCCCUCGUAAGAUCGUUGCAAUUAAGCAAGAUCCAAUCGAGGAUGUGGACCAAUCGCUCAACGAAGAGGACGCAAACACGACGGACUACUCCUUCAAUCCGUUUGAGUUUGCUCCCUCACUCCCGACGCGAAAGACGUCUCCUUUGGGAAAGCGCACUGCACCGCCAUCUACGCCAUCUCACGAUGGUCCGAAGAUGAAAUUUCCUCAUUCGGUGGAGUUCACAUUCUCCUCCAGUCCCGCGAACAAGUCUCAUCCGUCGCCAACCUUGGAUGAGUCUGUGCAUGCGUCUACUGAUGCGCUUCACAAGGUGAGACCUACUCCUUCCGAGGAUAAUACCCUUUUCGUGCAGUUUGAUACGGAAUUCGGCAAGCCAGCCUCCAGCUUCAUCUCCGUGGAUACUGCGACUAUGCUGUUAUUCUCCACCAAGGUAACCACGCCGAAACCCACGGGCGAUAAGUGCACGUCCAAGCGCACUACCGAUCCGACGUCUGCCACCUUCAAGUAUGGCGAUGACUUCCUCACUAUUAACCUUGCCAAUCUGCUCCAAUGGACCGCUCGAGACUUUUCGAACACUAUCUCGCAUCGCCUUUUGCAAUGGGCAGUUAGCGCCGCCAUCAUCCUUCGCUCUGUCGGCGAGUAUCUCGAUUUCCCUUCCCUGGCCGGCGGAGUUGCUCCAUGGCUCGAGGCUUACAACUUGCCAACUCCCACUGUUGCUCAUCUGCUCGACAAGCUCCAGCUGCGUCGCACGAGCAUGCGCACAGUGAAGCAUCGCAGCAAGAAGGCCUCGAAUGACUAUGCUAUUGAGCCUACAUUCGGCUCAGUCACUACGUCGACAAGCCUCGCUGAGGGCAAGAUUGCGGUUGAAGAGCGUAAUGCCGCCAACAAGCACGAGUUUGUUGCUGCUAUGUUGCCUAGCUUCAGCAACGAGCCAGACUCUGGCGUGCGAUACCACACUGCGGCCUCAGUUUGGGGAGUCGAGGGUGUCGGUAUCAAGAAGGAGCACGUCCUUCCGCUCUCUCUGCCGGUGAUGGAGGUCACUGCUGAGCAAGAGAUCGUCUAUGCACCGUCGUAUUCAGCCGACGCUCUCCUACACGACGACCUUGAUGAGCCACUUGACGAGGAACUUAUCUCGGAAGAACUGAUCGCGCCUUCCGAAGUCAUAGUAGCCGACGAUGAGGCGGCUCUGGAAAUCGUCGCCAUCAAUGAUACCCUAAGCACUACCCUCAAUGCGCCAGCUGGCUUGGGGACUCCUUUUGGCGAUACACUCGCCCCAUUCACCGCCGAAGAACUAGCCCGCCCUGCUACCUCUUCGAGCAAAGAGUCAAGCGAGGAUACCGCCACCGGCGGCCCCGCGUCCUCCGCCACAUCUGCUCCCCUGUCCCCGCUAUCCUCUCUUGACUACGACUACAUUGAGCCAGAGUUCAAUUUUGAUCCAGCGAACUUCUUGAGUAAGGAGGACCAAGACCAGAAUAAGGCCGAACCCGAAGCUCCCGAGAAAGAAACUAUUCCUCAACCCUUGGCGGCCGACCUGUCGCACACCCACAUCGGCACGGUCUGCGCAUUCGACUUCCUUCGAGAGCUCCGCUCGCACGAAGUUGAAGGCAAAGAGGUGGUGACGAAGAUCGACCUCGUCGCGAACUUCCUUCUCUUCGCUGCGGAAGACCGUAGGCGCGCUGGUUAUGGGCCAGUGGUGGGUGCGACAGACGCGGCCGCCGUUCUGAAGAAUGCGGGCUAUCAGGUCAAGGUCAAGAUCGGCACCAUCAAACUUGAACAGCUCCUUGGCCUCGUCGAGUUCGAUAAUGGCUCAGCCGCUCCACUCCGCAAUAUAUACCAUGCGUUCCUGAAGGCUUCGAAGAUGGACGCCGAGCAGAUGAAGGAUACGCGACUUGCCCGCUUGGGUCGCGAACUGGGGUACAUGUGA